AUGAGAAGUCGUCCAGGGCCCCAGACAUGGAGUCGAGGCCGAUGCGAGAGGAGGGCAGGCCUGGUAGGCGUCCCACCCUGCGACGUGUGGGGGACAGGUGUGAGGAGUCCAGCUCAGAACACCCACACAAAAGGCACGGUACAUCCUUGCGUGUUGCAGCGCAGGUCACAGCCACACACCUUUCAAGGAUCUGCCGCUCGAUCUGAAUGCGGGCCGGCAGGCCCGAGCCAUACACAUUCUUCAGCAUGGCCAUCCUGCUCUCCUCCACGGUGCUCCGCAGGCCGGCCUGCACCUGCGCGACGGGGUGCCCGCUCUUUGCACCAUCCUUCAAUGUCACGAGCCCAUUGCGGAGCGCAUCGUGGGGUGCUGUAA